AUGGCGCUCUUUCAUGCCAUUUUCUUAGUGAUUGCUUUGCAAUGUUGUGUGAAGGUAAGUGCUACUUUCGGCGAUGUCACUGGUGAUGUCAAUGUUGAUCGUUCAUUUUCAUAUCGUACAUCUGGAACACAAGACACACAAGUCCCAGCGGCUGCACCUUCUGAGGGUGUUGCAUCGGGUGGUGCUGCGUCGAGUGGAAGCAUCGCUGAAACUCCGGAGGGUGCUGCGUCGAGUGGAAGCAUCGCUGAAACUCCGGAGGGUGCUGCGUCGAGUGGAAGCAUCGCUGAAACUCCGGAGGGUGCUGCGUCGAGUGGAAGCAUCGCUGAAACUCCGGAGGGUGCUGCAUCGAGUGGAAGCAUCGCUGAAACUCCGGAGGGUGCUACGUCGGGUGGAAGCAUCGCUGAGACUCCGGAGGGUGCUGCGUCGACUCCCAAGGGGGCUGCGUCGGGUGGAAGCAUCGCUGAGACUCCCGAGGGAGCUGCGUCGACUCCAAAGGGGGCUGCGCCGGGUGGGAGCAUCGCUGAAACCCCAACCAAUAUACCAAAUGAAAGUAGCACACAAGCCCCCACACCAAUUGGGAGCAAUUAA